AUGUUCUUCUUCUUCGUCUGCGGCGAACAUACCUUCCAGAGCGACGUAGAGGGUUACGAAAACAUCAUCUGCCAGUGUCACAACUGCGGCAACAUGUCUGGUCACGUUCUCAAGCGUCGACCUUUUUUUACAUUUUGCUGGAUCCCCAUCAUCCCUUUCACCAUCUCCGGAUACAAGGAUAUAUCAUGCCACAUCUGCCGAUUCAACGAGCCCCUCGAGAGACGUCCAGACGUCCAGUCCAUGAAGAACGGUGGUGUUCCACCCCAGGCUCAGCAGGGCCAGCAGUUCCAGCCGCAGGGUUACCAGGGGUAUACUCCCCAGCAGCCUCCUGAUGGGCAGGCUUGGGGGAACGGUCCCCCAAAAAAUCAGCAGCAAGGUGAUAGGUAUGCCUAG